AUGCUGUCGAGCUUAAGGCUGCGCACUAUAUCCUGCCCAUUUUACGGCACGGGCUGCUUAGCAACCGAGGCACAGAAUCUUGUGGUGUACGGCGGUCCAAGAAGCAUUGCGCACCACGAGGCCGUCUGGGCCGAACGGUCUGGCGAGGUGCUUGCAUAUAACAGGGCGAAGAGCCUGUAUGGUUUGAACAGGUGGGAAUAA